UAUUUGAAAAGAUGAUUUUUAAAAAUUUUAAAUAAAAUAUUAGUACGAAGUACUAUUAAAGCUAAAAAUGUUGUUCUCAACAAAUUGUAUUAUUCUUUGUUUAAUCAUUAUUGCAAUAUUCAAAAUUAUUGCCUACUACAAUGAUAAUAGAACAUAUUACAAGAAAGCUUCUACUCUUCCUGGACCUAAAACUUUUCCAAUCUUAGGCAAUGUAAAUCUAUUUCUUUCUCAACGGAUAGGAAAUAUGAUAUCAGUAAUGGGCCAACUGUCAUACUCGUAUCCAUCAAUAUGUAGACUGUGGUUAGGAAACAAAUUAAUAGUCAAUAUUUACGAUCCAGAACUUCUUAAAAUUUUCCUCUAUGAAAGUAACGCUUUAGAAAAAUCAAGAAUCUAUAAAGUGUUUGAACCAUUGUUAGGCAAAAGUUUAUUUACGGCAUCGGUUCCUUCGUGGCAUGCUCACAGAAAAAUAAUACUGCCAGCAUUUUCAACUAAAAGAUUGCACCAGUAUAUCGAAAUUAUUAACAAAAACUUAGUAAACUUUAUGGAUCUUUUAUCAAGUAAAGAAAAUUGUGAAGAAUUCGAUAUAACUAAGAUUUAUAAGAUUAAUUUACUACGUUCUGUUUUAGAAAUAUUCAUGGAUAAUCAAUUAAAUAUGUGUGAUGAUGAAAUAACGAAAUUCGCUGAAUUAACAUCAAGAUCGAUAAACCUUAUGAAGAAAAGAAUUUAUAAUAUUUUCUUAUUACCAGAUUUUCUUUUUAACCUUACACAAUUAUCGAGAGAAACAUAUACAAAUGCUGCAUCAGUAAAAGAUAUUCUAAAUACGAUCAUUCAAAGGCGAAGAACAUUUCUGAAAACUACGGAUGACAAAGAUGAAAAUUGUAAUAAAACACUUCUGGAUACGUUAAUAGAACAAUGUGAUCAUACAAACGCAAUCACCGAUGAAGAGGUGUUACAGGAAAUCACUACAAUAAUUUUUGGGUCCAUUGAUACUACUAUAGCUACUUUCUCAUUUCUUAUCCUAGUACUUGUAACACAUCCUGAAAUACAGACAAGGGUACACGAAGAACUUUAUAGGAUUUUUGGACAUACGGAUCCUAAUGAUUAUCCAGCUAAUGAUAGCGAUCUAAUUAAAAUGGAAUAUUUAUCGAGAGUCAUCAAAGAGACAUUACGAUACUUUCCGACCGUUCCAUAUUUUUUACGAAAUGUUACAAAUGAUCUUCGUAUUAAAAAAUACACUAUACCAAAAGGGACAGAUGUAUUUAUCUCAAUUGCGCAACUACAUAAAAAUAAAAAAUUUUGGCCUAAACCAAAAAACUUUGAUCCUGAUAGAUUUCUCCCUAAUGAAAUCGCAAAACGACCUUCAUGCUGCUAUUUACCUUUUAGUAUGGGUUCAAGAAGUUGUAUAGGUUUCAGAUUUGCCGAAAUGUUAUUGAAGAUUGUUAUUUCCUCAAUUCUUCGAAAAUAUGUUUUGUCAUGUGAUAAAACUAUACCGUUACAACAUGUAAAAUUGGAUUACAGGAUUUUCGCACAUCAAAGGGAACCAAUUAAAAUAAAAAUAAAAAAGAUAGAAACCAAUUAGUUAAAAGUGAUUUUCUAAAGUGGAUAUGGUUAAGGUACUAGUCACGUAAAAUGGUUUUCGUCAGAUUUUUUUCAAAUUUUGCAUACUUAUUCCUGAAGUAUUUAUCUACAGAAUGAGACUAAUUUAAUUAAUUUCGACCGCUCCAAAGCUUCAACAAAUGAAUUCAAAGUUCAUAAAUUUUACAAAGAGGGAGCACCCAAUGUAUAUGUAUUGAAUUUGUUUAAUAAUUAUUUAUAUGAUAACUAAUCGUUAGAUUUUGAAACAAAACUGCAAACCUUUGGCUAGAUUUGUACUCGUAUUCCUUGUAACUAAUAUUAAAAUUGUUAAUCGAAUUGUAUCUUUUAUCAUUGUUAUGUGUGGCAUGAAAAUAAAAGAUAUAUUAUUAUCAACAUGGUAUAAGACUGCUUGUAUUGAUUGGGCGAAAAUUAUCAUAUUUACAUCCUGCGGCAUAAAUUUGAAUUACGUCUUUUCUUAAAUGUAUGAACAUUUUAAGGACUUUCCACUGAAAUACUUGCAAUCUUUCACUAAAUCAUUUCUGAAAUAUUCAGAAAAUAUUAUGUAUACUAUAUGGAUCAGUUAUUAUUUCUAGUUUUCUUGUUAAACGAAUAAUGAAACAUAUAUUAUUGUUAAUUUCUCUCCGAAGAACAUUUUGAUUUGUUCCUACUUGAUUUCUAUAUAUUUAUAUAUAAAAAUGAUAUAUAAAAUUUAGUUUUAUAAUUUAAACAAGUUGUUCAUUUCAUGACCAUUUAGCUUCCUCAAUAUAUAAAAAUUGCGGUUUUGCAAACUUUUGAAAAACUAUGUACAAAAGGGUUGGUCCAGAAGAUUUGUUA